UGAUCUCAGUGUUUCGUGUUGUCAGAUACUGUCGUGUUCUGCUGUUUUCAUUUGUCGUUCGCGGUUUCUCUGUUUUUCCUUUUCAGAUCGUCAGCAGAUCCAAGGAAGAUGUCUCUCUAUCCUUCCCUGGAGGACCUGAAGGUCGACAGGGUGAUGAAGGCGCAGUCCAGCUUUGCGGCCAGCGUAGCCGUGCCAGCCGUUGCAGAGGAAGCUUCCGAAGGGGCGGUACAGAGCGAAGCAGCAAUGAUGCCAGUUCUGUAUCCCAACCUGCAGGAGCUGGGUGAUUACAUGGGACUGAGCCUCAACAGUGAUGAGAUCCAGAGAAACCUGGCUCUGCUCCCUGCGUCUGGUAAUCAAGUGGCGACCAGGCCGUCGGCGCUGGGCUCUAUGGUGUCCCCGGUCACAGGGAAUGACGUGGGGCUGCGCAGGGCGGAGAUCAAGCAGGGCAUGAGGGAGGUGAUCCUGUGCAAGGACCAGGACGGGAAGGUGGGGCUCCGACUGCGCAAUGUCGACAAUGGUGUGUUCAUCCAGCUGGUCCAGGCCAACUCUCCGGCCUCUCUGGCUGGCCUGCGCUUUGGGGACCAGGUCCUGCAGAUAAACGGAAAGAACUGCGCCGGGUGGAGCUUGGACAAGGCACACAAGGCACUGAAGAUCGCCGCAGAGCACAGGAUUGAGCUCAUAGUCCGAGACAGGCCGUUCCAGCGCACCCUCACGAUGCACAAAGACAGCACCGGGCACGUCGGGUUCAUCUUCAAGAAGGGGAAGAUCACCUCCAUCGUGAAGGACAGCUCGGCCGCCAGGAACGGCCUCCUGACCGAACACAACAUCUGCGAGAUCAACGGGCAGAACGUUAUCGGGUUGAAGGACUCUGAGAUUAAAGACAUCCUGGUGUCAUCUGCAAGUGUGAUUACCAUCACCAUCAUGCCUACAGUCAUCUAUGAACACAUGGUCAAACGCAUGUCAUCAGGGCUGUUGAAAUCGUCGAUGGACCACUCUAUCCCCGAGGUGUGAGGAAGAGAAGGUACUUCACACAGAGAAAGAAAACGGGCGUUCCAUCGGUGUCUUCUUCCUUUCACGGGUCUCUCUCAAUCUACUUGCUCUACUGUUCGAGCACAUUAGACUCUAAAUCGCAUUCUCUUUGCACCCUCAUAGCUCUUGGUAUAAUUGUAAGAUCCUUGUUCUUCUGUUGACCUACCUGGUUUAGAUUAGCAUUUAUAUAAAACCAUUUCCUUUACUGUUUAAACUUUGUUUUUGUAAAAUCUUUUUUUUUUUUUUUUUUAUCUACUUUUAUUAACCAUGCAAUGUGUUUUCAAGCAUAGUCCCAUAUUCCAGGUAUAGUCACUUGCAGGGCAUGCUUCAGUUUGAGUGGUAACUGAAAGAAUAGUAAGCUGGCUCCAAGAAGAACAACCUUCUCUUCUUGCUCACAAGCUAGUCCAAGUUGGCCAGGUAGGACCCAAGACUUCAAGCCACAGGUUUUAAAAUGGAGAGCAAAAAUAACCCAUGACUGAUUGUGAGUAGACUGCUAGCUUGGAUUGAUAUUUGCCAUGCUGUGUCCGUUCCUAUUUUGGGUGCCUGGCUCCUUUUUCAGGUAACAAGUCAUAGAAAUCUGAGAUGAUGUAAAAACAUCUCUGCUGCACAAUAGAGGACCGAACUAGCUGCAGAGUUCGUAUCUUAUCCGACUCAUUUCAUCUACUUCAGCACAACUAAGAUGCAUAGUUUCUCCACUGUUUAAUCGUUUUGAGGAAGUGUAGUUUUUGUUAGCCGUGAAUACGGAUUAUAACUAGAUUGUAGUUUUUUCUUUUGUGUUUUAGAAAUGUAUUGUGAAAUAACCAGUAAUGAACCAAAUGAAACACUUUCAGAUAUGCCAUUAUAAUAUUAGAAUCUAUCUGAUCUCUAUUCAAUAUAAUCUGCAAACAAAAAAGAAUAAAGUGCUGUAUCAUUUCUUUAA